AUUAAAGAUUAGGGCAGGGUAGAGUAGUUAGCAGUAUAGGCUAUUUGGUGGGAGAUCAAGGGCAGGGUAGAGUAGUUAGCAGGAUAGGCUAUUUGGUGGGAGAUCAAGGACAGGGUAGAGUAGUUAGCAGUAUAGGCUAUUUGGUGGGAGAGGCGGGUCCGGGUACUGACUCUGUUCACCCUCCUGUGUUGCUGAGUAAAAGAAAAGCUGGCCUGAGGAACAUACUCCUUUUGGACCAGCAGAGCAGGACGACUCUCCCUUACAGCGGAUCUGUAAGUACUUUAUAAGAGAUGUGUGUGUGUGUGUGUGUGUUAUUGUGAAAAGUAAUGAUGAAUAUUUAAGCUUAUCAAAAUACUUUUAUUUUGUAGUUUUGAAUGACCCAUGUGACAGUACAUACAUCUUUCUCUGUCUCUCUAUCAUUCUCUUCAUUUGUUGAGCGUUCCGUUAGUAUGUAGAAUGUCUUUAUGUGAAUUCUUUGUAAGUACCCAAGUUCUUUUUCCUCUCAGGGAGGAUGGCCAACGUCCAGGUGCCUGUUGGUAUGUCCUACUGUACUUUGGUGGCCAUCGGUGCGUUCGGGGACAGUCCUGUCCAGAUGACAUGUCCUAACUGUCACCAGACCGUGGUCACUAAGGUUGACUUCUCCUCUGGUGUCCUCACAUACCUCUUCUGUGGAGGACUCUUCUUCUGUGGGUUUUUUCUGGGUUGCUGUCUCAUCCCUUUCUGUUUCGACAGGCUCAAAGAUGCCAAGCACACGUGUCCCUCCUGCAAGGCCAUCCUGGGGGUUUAUAAGCGCUUAUAACUGCGUAAUAACCGGCAGGAGACUCCUGUGUAUUUUGGGAAGCUAGCUACAACAUUGUGUUUUGUCUUCUGAGACAAGUUUUUUUCUUCCACAACAGACUGUUUCUCUCAGCUUCCACCCAGUAGAAAUGCACAGCAUACCGUGUGUUUGAAGGACUAAAUUAGUCUAACUGAAUAUAACAAUUUAACUGUCACAGAAUGUUGUCGUUGACAGUGUUCCGUCCCAUCCUGCCCUGUCCCUUGUUAUGCAAUUAACCGUCGCCUUGGCAACAGCAAAAAUAUUUGUGAGAAAGAAAUAGAAAACAUAGAAUUUGUAUUUUGAUGGUUGUUGUAUGAUCUAUAAGUUAUAUUGGUAUAUUUUCUCAAUGAAGCAGCAGCACUGAGUCUUUCUGAUUGAGUACUGUACUGGUUUGUUAGGAAUAAACUGAGCCCUGAAAAUUACAAUAAAAUCACAAGUACUAAA